CCCGUAUAUUUGCAUACAAAAAAACAACUGGCGGAUAUUUUUUUCUUUCGCCGCCGGUUAAUCGCGAUAACAAAAGAAAAAAAGACAAGUAAAAAUAUACGAGUACAACCGUUGCAUAUGUAACGAGAAAACAGACUUUGGAUAUUGAAAACAUUUUUACAUCACGAUUCAAAGACAUAUUCGCAAAAUUAGGUUAACCAUGUCUGGUUUACUAUCGAGAAGAAUUCUUAGCAAUGUGAACAGUUUGAACAAACUAUUAAUAGCGAAUUUUGUACCGGCACGUAAAUUGAAUCUUCUUGAAUAUCAAAGCAAAGAAUUGCUCAAAGAUAGUGGAGUUUCCGUACAGAAUUUCACCAUUGUCGACGAUCUCAAUAAAGCACCUUCGACUCUUGACAAAUUUCAUGUCGAUGAGUAUGUCAUAAAGGCACAAGUAUUGGCUGGCGGAAGAGGAAAAGGGUGGUUCGAUCAUGGUUUCAAAGGUGGUGUUCAUCUCACGAAAGAUCCAAAAGCGGUUCUCGAGAUUGUGAAGAAUAUGCUGGGUCAUCGUUUAAUAACCAAACAAACUCAUAAAGAUGGAAUCCUUGUUCAAAAAGUGAUGAUAGCAGAAUCUGUGAGCAUAAAGAGAGAGACCUACGUUUGUAUAUUGAUGGAUCGUGGAAACAACGGUCCGGUACUGAUAGCUUCUCCAGCUGGUGGAAUGGACAUUGAAUCGGUCGCUGAGAAAACACCGGAUCAAAUAAAAACUGUACCGCUUGACAUUUACUAUGGUAUCGAUGACAUAAUAGCAAACGACGUGGCUACGUUUUUGGGUUUUACGGAUAACGUAGUGCGUGAGAAGGCUGUACACGAGCUCAAAAAUCUUUGGCGUCUUUUUGUUGAUAUCGACGCGUUGCAAAUCGAAAUAAAUCCACUUGUUGAAACUGAGGACAAACAAGUAGUCGCCGUCGAUGCCAAAAUAUCUUUUGACGAUAAUGCACAAUUCCGUCAGAGAGAUAUUUUCAACAUGGAAGACGUUACUGAAAAAGAUCCAGCCGAAGUUGCGGCCUCCGAACACAAUUUGAAUUAUAUAAGCUUGGAUGGAAACAUUGCUUGUUUAGUAAAUGGAGCCGGUUUGGCAAUGGCUACAAUGGACAUAAUAAAACUAAACGGCGGAGAUCCGGCGAACUUUUUGGACGUCGGUGGAAGCGUUACGGAGGAUCAAGUUUUUCAAGCCUUCAAAAUAGUUGCUGAAGAUCCUAAGGCGCAAGCUAUUUUUGUCAACAUUUUUGGUGGAAUCGUCAAUUGCGCAACAAUCGCAAGAGGAAUUGUCGCAGCUGCUAAGAGCUUGGGCAUAAAAAGACCCGUGGUCGUUAGACUGAAAGGUACAAACGUGACGGAAGCGAGAAAAAUUCUCGAAGACUCAAAAUUGUCAUUCAUAAUGGAGGACGACCUUGACGAAGCCGCAAAAAAAGCAGUGCAAUCGGUGAAGGCGUAACUUUCGGAUUCUCUGGUUUUGAAAAAAAAUCGGAAUAAUUCAAAACCAACAUGCGUGUGGUCUAAAAAAAUGAGAAAGGUGUCGAAGACUCUGUAGAACUUGGAAGCGUCGGUUGAAUUUCCAAUUUAUUAUUGUUUUAUAACAAAAAACUCACAUUCGUUCUGGAA